AUGUCAUCCAACGGCUUCAAACUGACCAAGCUUACCGAGUCCCAUGACUUUCCAGAGUGGUAUGUGGAUCUACGAGACUACUGUGAGAUCCAAGAUAUUCUUCAGUACUAUGACCUUCCACCCAUGGGAACGAAAUCGGAAACCAUCCAAGCAGAUAGACCAAUAGCUCCAAUCCCACUUGCGCUCUACCGGGAAAAGGAUAAGAUCUACCACAGUAAAGGAACAGGCCUCAUGGGAGGCGAUUAUGCUGAAGUCAAUGACAAGGCACCGAGCCAAGCCCGUUGUCCCGUGUCCUCAAAGCACGAGAUGACGUUGGAAACAAUCCAGGCAUGGCAUAAGCAGUGCAUGAAGAAUCACCAAAAGUGUAAACAGUUUCCCCAACUCACAUCCCCUAUCGAUCAAUACCCUACUCGGUUACUCGACGUGACUGGAAGCCGCAUUCGACUCGUAUCCGAGGUCGAGGCAUUCAAGCCCGAUUACACAACCCUCAGCCACAUGUGGGGUCCCGACCCGAAACUAUGCCUGUCCCUAAAGACGACGAAUAUCGAUGACUUUAAGAUCGAUAUACCAGAGUCGUUGCUCGCGGUGAAAUACCUGGACGCGAUCCGAAUCACUAGAGCGCUUGGGUACUCGUAUAUAUGGAUCGACUCUCUUUGCAUCAUCCAAGAUUCCGCCGAGGACUGGAAAAGGGAAGCUUUGAAGAUGGCAGCGGUGUAUGGACGGACGAGUUGCAAUUUCUCAUCCUCGACUGGAGCUACCUUGCCGACUAAAUUUUGCCCCCAAACCUCCACGUCGGACGCGUCAACUUCGCCAGAAGCAUCGCCAUUCCUCAUCGUCCGCACGACGUCUCGAUCCGCCCAGUGGACCACCAACACGCAAGGCAUUUCGUGGCCUCUCCUCACCCGGGCCUGGGUAUUCCAAGAGCGUCUCAUGUGUCCUAGAAACAUCUACUACGGCGCCGGGUUCCUUCUUUGGGAAUGCGGAGAGAUGGUGGAGGACGAGUUCCUCGGCAGCGUCGCACGCGGCACCGAGAUUGGCGGCAAGCGCGUGCUGUACCCCAUCUUUUCCGGGACGGAGGAUCUCGCGGGCGACAGCCAGCGCAAGGAUACCUUUAACUAUCAGUGGUUCUCCCUCGUGGGCGAGUACAGGAUGCGCAACCUAACCUACGAGACGGACCGCAGCAUCGCUUUUGCGGGGAUCGCGAGAGCUAUCCAGACCCAUACGGGGUAUACGUACCUCGCCGGCAUGUGGAAGGAGUUUGCGGUGUACGGAAUGCUAUGGCACGUUAGCGUAUCCUGGUUCAAGAUGGAAGAGCGGCGGGACUUUUGCGCGAGGCGGGAGACUACGGCGAAGAGCGCGCCGUCUUGGUCGUGGUUCUCGGUGCCGGGGCACUGGGGCGAGAGAGUGAUACGGGAUGUGGUCAGGCCGCUUUUCUGCAUCGCCACCUACGAAUGCUCGUCUUACGCCAUCUACGAGGCUCGCGUCACCUCGUUCCACCACCCGAAACUCAAGACGGACCCUACGGUGCUAUUUCACGAUUACAUGGGCUUAGAAAUCACCUUGCGCACCCGUCGCAUCCCCUGUGCGCUCGAGUGGGACGCAGCCGGAACCGGAAAACAGGUUUUGCGGGUGUUGCCGUUCGGCUCUCAUAUCAAGGGGAACCGGGCUGCCGAGACGACAGAUCCUCGAUACACGGGGAUGAGGGUGGAUUGUCAGUAUGGCGGGUUAGUGGUGGUUCCGGCCGGAAAGAACGCCGUGGGCCAGGCCUGCUGGCGACGGGUAGGUGUGUUUUUAUUUUCGGGGCAUGUAGAUGAUCCCGACGAUACAAAGUACCCGUUUGACUUGCAUGGGGGCGAGGAUGAGGAUGUAGUUCUGGUAUGA